AUGCUAGUCCCCAGCAGCAAUGUCACAGGGAACACUACAACAGUCUUCUUGGUGGGCAUCCUGGGCCUGGAGGCAGCUCACAUCUGGAUCACCGUCCCUCUGUGCUUCAUCUACAUGGUGACAGUGGUGACAAACUGUACCAACAUGUAUGUCAUUUGGAUCAAGGCCAGCUUGCAUGAGCCCAUGCACCUGUUCCUCUGCAUGCUCGCCCUCACUGACCUGGUUGGUUCCACAUCUGUGUUGCCCAAGAUGCUCUACUUAUUUUGGUUUGGAUCCAGAGAAAUUGACUUCAACACAUGCCUAACCCAGAUGUUCUUCAUCCAUUCUCUCUCCAUCAUGGAGUCAGCGGUGCUCGUGGCCAUGGCCCUCGAUCACUACGUGGCCAUAUGCAAGCCUCUGAGGUGUGCCUCCAUCCUCACAAACUCUGUCAUUGUGAAGAUAGGCUGCCUGGCUGUCAUCAGCAGUGUGGUGCUGAUGGCCCCGCUCUCCAUCCUCGCUGCCAGGCUGCCCUACUGCAAGACCAAUAUCAUCCCUCACACAUACUGCAAGCACAUGGGCAUUGUGAGGCUGGCCUGUGCCAAUGCCUUAAUUGGCAACAUCUAUGGUUUGGUGGUGGCACUCCUUGUCAUGGAUUUAGAUUUGCUAUUCAUCGCCAUGUCCUAUGCAAAGAUUCUCCUAAGUGUGCUGAAGUGUGCCAUGCCUCCUGGGAUGGCAAAGGCCUUUAGCACCUGUGGUUCCCACGUGUGCGUGAUUGUCCUGGUCUAUAUCCCAGCCUUCUUCUCCUUCCUGACUCACCGAUUUGGCCACAAUGCGGCUCCCUACAUUCACAUCCUCAUAGGCAAUUUCUAUAUCUUGGUGCCCCCAUUCUGCAACCCCAUCGUAUAUGGUGUGAAAACCAAGGCCAUCCAAGGCAAGGUGCUCCAUCUCUUCCAAAGAAAAAAGGGCCUGUCCUGA